AUGAAGCUCAUCCCCAUUCUCAUCGUCUCGGUCCAAUUCGUACAAUGUACCUUGUGCAGCUCGCGGAGGCGCGUCGGCUCUCAGGUGCAGACUUCCAGCGGCAUUAUCAGCGGUCACGCAGCGAGCAAUGCAACAAGUGUUUCCGAAUAUCUCGGGAUCCCGUUUACUGGCAACGUUGCAGCCGCCAACCUUACUGCCGCUGGACUCGCGGAUAUUCUGCCAGAUUUUGAGGUAGGAGAUACCUUCAAUGAGAAUUGUCUCACACUCAAUGUUUGGGUCCCAAGUGGCGGGGAUGAGAACAAAGCGGUAAUGGUGUGGCUCUAUGGCGGAACAUUCUUGACUGGUGCGUCGAGUGAAUCAUUGUUCAAUGGACAGAACAUUGCCGGACAAGAAGACGUUAUUGUAGUAUCGAUCAACUACCGGACGACCAUCUUUGGGUUUCCAGGCAGCUCAUCAUUGCAGGAUCUCAACGUCGGGUUGCUUGAUCAGCGUUUGGGCAUUGAAUGGGUUCGUGAUAACAUCCAAGCUUUCGGCGGUGACGCUACCCGCAUCACGGCCUUCGGUCAGUCAGCCGGUGCCGCGUCGUUGGACUUCUAUUCCUAUGCAUAUGCAACAGAUCCCAUCCUGUCGGGUAUGAUUCUUGAAUCCGGGACGGUCCAGUUGAUCCCUCCAAUGGCAGAUAAUGUAGUGUCGUGGUUCAGUGUAGCUUCUCAGCUGAAGUGCGGGAAUUCUUCGUCCAACAGCACGGCGGUGACAGCCUGCAUGCAAUCCAAGGACGCCCUGGCGAUCCUUGUGGCGGCCUCGGGCGGCUCGGUCAAUUGGGGGCCCAUCGUUGACAACACCACCAUCUUCGCCGACUACACGGCUCGGACUCUUGCUGGCCGGUUUAGUAAAAUCCCCCUUCUCAUUGGGAAUAAUGGCAACGAAGCUGCCCUAUUUGCUGUCCAGGCAGAACUGAUGAACCAAACCGGGAUAACCGCCGACGUACUUGCUACCGUGAAUCUGAAUCGCUUCACCUGUCCCGCCGGCGCACGGGCCAACGCCAGCAUCACCGCAGGUUUGCCCACAUGGCGAUACCGCUACUUUGGAGAGUUCCCCAACACUGCACUGACAACGGUACCCGACCCGGGUGCCUGGCACGGAAGCGAGGUACCGGUAAUCUUCGACACCUUGCCCACCGGCACUGCAUUCCUGCGUCGACGAGCACCGAGGGCAGAGACAUUGAUCCGGCUGGCGUAUAACAACUUGACGGGAACAAACACGGUGAUACCGGCAACGUAUGAUGCCAGUUGUAAAGUUACCUUCCCGGUCAGUGCAACAAAUUCGACAACGUCGCAAAUACCAACAUCAACAACGCCGGUGCAGACCUCCUCGCACACUUCUGCUGCUUCUGGACUUGUCACAAGCGCAUGGAGCUUGGCCAUGCUUGCAAUCUUGGAUUUUUUGACUGAGGUUGAAAAUGUUCAACAGAGAAGAAUGCUUUCACGCAAGCUGGAGGUUGGAAGUGAGGUUGACGAGCCGAAUCUUGGCAACUCGCUUAGCGACGCCACUCGCAAUAGGGGUGUUGCAAGUUCGACAGCCUGGCUGGCUGCAAGUAAAACGGAUACUCUGCUCGGAUUCAGAGCAUCUAAAAGCUGGUGUAUAAGAACUACAGCUAGAAAAUGUGAGUAA